CUCCUGUCCCUUCCUCGACAAGUCACCAGUCACUGCCACCCACCUUAUCCUCUCUCUCUCUCACUCCCUAUGCUUGUGGGCUCCUUAUCUCCUUGGCAUUUAAUAAUGUUGUUGUCACAAAUCUAAUACACGAAUCUCAUAUAUACAUGCGUAUACAAUGAAUGAAAUUAAAGCUAACGGUAAAGGUAAAGGUAAAGGUGAUGCCUUUGAAUUAAUAAAUCGGGAAUCUCUCUAGUGCAUCCUCGGCUGGCCUUUCAUUUCUCUGUAAUAUCUAUUUUCCCGAGAGUCAUGGAAGGCCCUGCCAAUGAACGCCUUGCUUUUGGGAAGAUGGGUUACGGGUGCGACCAUUACCGGAGAAGAUGCAGGAUUCGAGCUCCUUGCUGCAACGAGGUCUUUCCUUGCCGCCAUUGUCACAACGAGGCUGCGGGCAUGCUGAAAAACAUAUAUGAUCGGCACGAGAUAGAUCGAUAUGAUGUUAAACAAGUCAUAUGUUCAGUUUGUGACACGGAACAGCUGAUAGGUCAAGUUUGCACCAACUGUGGCGUCAAUAUGGGUGAAUACUUCUGUGAGAUCUGCAAAUUCUACGACGAUGAUACUGAGAAAGGGCAGUUUCAUUGUGAUGACUGUGGGAUCUGCAGAGUCGGUGGUCGUGAGAACUAUUUUCACUGCAAGAAGUGUGGGUCUUGCUAUUCGAUCAGCCUUUGGGAUAAUCAUCGGUGUGUUGAGAACUCCAUGCGGCAUCACUGCCCUAUAUGUUACGAGUAUCUGUUUGACUCUCUGAAAGCUACGACAGUAUUGAAAUGUGGGCACACAAUGCAUUCUGAAUGUUGCCAUGAAAUGAUGAAGCGUGAUAAAUUCUGUUGUCCGAUCUGCUCCAGGUCAGUGAUUGAUAUGUCUAAAACCUGGAAGAGAAUAGAUGAGGAGACUGAAGAAACUGUCAUGCCCGAGGAUUAUCGCCACAGAAAGGUUUGGAUCCUGUGUAAUGACUGCAGCGACACGACUGAAGUUUACUUCCACAUAAUCGGGCAGAAGUGCAGCCACUGCAAAUCAUACAAUACCCGCUCAAUUGCUCCGCCAGUUCUCCCUCAAUGACAAGGGGCAAUGUCUGGCCAUGUAGCGCACGCAUUGCUGCGUCUCACCCACAGUAUAUAAUACAUUGCUGGAUUCAAUCAUCUUGAGUUACAUUUAAUUGAGUUUAUACUCUAUCAUUGCAUUGUCAUUCUGAUGACAGUACCCCCUAAACCUUUUCUCAAUUGUAUUCUUGCUCUAAUUAAUGGAUGGAUUUGGAGCCACUUUGACUACUCUGGGUCUGAUGUUUCAUGUAACAUUAUUGUGUGUACAUAAAUUAUGGCAACAGUGUUUCCCUUGAAGAUGUUAUGUUGUAUUUGGGGUCUGCUUUUAUUAUA